AUGACAAUAUUGUGCUUUCAUAACAUUUCAGAGACUAUUUUCUUUACUGUGCACAAUGAUGAUACGAUCCGAGCUGGGCCGCCACCUAAACAGGAAAUGGAUAACUACUUUGCAAGGGCAGCCCAGCUGGGGAGAUUUAGGGGCGUCAGUGCUAUUGCUUUCAGUCCUGAAGGGAAGCUGUAUGCUGUCCGUGGAGAAGAUCUGUACGUGGGGCCUAUGCCUUCUGCCGGGAAGGACUGGUUCUCUGUUGCUAGAAGAGUGGGCAAAGUCGACUGGAAGAACGUCAAAACCCUCUUAUUUCAUCCCAAAGGGGAUCUCUACGUAAUCACAAAAGACGGGGGUUUGUUCAAAGGCCCGGCUCCAGAUAAUGAAUAUGUCUCUUGGCUUUAUGGAAGAGCUACCCAGAUAGGUCGAAAAUGGAACACAUUAGAAGCUGUUUUCUUUGACCCAGAAGGCAUGAUGUAUGCGGUGACCAGUGAUGACAGGUUUGUGAAAAGAAGUCCACCAACCUCGAUUGAUGACAACUGGACCGGCACAAGUGUAACGAUUGGACAUGGAAACUGGCGUGAUUUAACCCAUUUUAUGUCUUUCACCCCCGAUGGGAAACUGUGGUGUGUCCAAAAAGAUAACGGUAACAUUUACUAUGCAGAUCCACCAGUCGCAGGAAUCGGCGUUUAUCAUGCAAAAAGAGUUGGGUGGAAUUAUCACAUAAAUAGAUUAAAUGCUUUCACAAGAGAUAAAACAAUCCAGCGAAUGAUAAGCUUGGAAUUCCUUCCUGAUUUGGGUAAAGUGAUCUCAGAAAACCUUGAGGUCGUCCAGGAAAAGACCUACGACAACAAAAGGAGCUCCGUCCCAUUGAAACACAGCUUUUCAUUCACUAAAACCAUUAAGCAGUCGAGUGAAUUUUCCCACGAACACGGAUUCACAUGUGAAGUUGGUGCCGAAAUGACCUUUAAAGCAGGAAUUCCAGGAAUCGCUGAACAAGGACUAAAACUUACUGUCAACCUGAGCACAACCCACACCUGGAGCUUCACCGAGACCAAUGAGACCGAGGUUUCAUUUUCCUCGAGCAGUGACGUGGAGGUCCCAGAAGGUAAAGCCAUCCGCGUCAUCGCGUCAGUCAGGAAGGCAGAAAUGGAAAUGCCGUAUCGCGCCAAAGUCCGCACCCUUUUUGGCUAUGAAACAAACAUCGAGGGCACGUGGAGAGGGGUCGCCCACUUUAACCUGACGGUGGCACAGGAGGACAUAUGAGAAUUUGGUUUCUAUUUCCUAAAUGCAAAUCAGGAUUUUCAAUAAUCUAGAUAAAUGGUAGGAUUAGAUAAAAAUAGCUGCUUUAUUGCUGAUUGCCAACAUAGUAAGUUUUAGAAGCUGGAAAAUACUUCUGAAAUAUUAUUUUAGAUUAGUAGAUUAAGAAAAAGAAUAAUAUGACGACACUAAUGGUGAUCUGCCAUUGUAUUCUUCCAGCAUUAGAUGCCUGUUAUACUCAACCAAGCUUUAAAGAGUCGCUUGUCGCUUCCCAACAGUUGUUGAUUGAAAUAAAGAAUGAU